AUACCACUGUCCCAGGAAGCUGUAACUUUGAAACUCAAGGCCAAGAAUGGAGUUCAGUGUGUGGACUUUCACAAGAUUUUGGAGAUGACUUUGACUGGCACAUUGGUAAUAUGACAGUUAUAGAACAAGGACAGCAAAUCCAGGAUCAUACACCAGGUAAUGGAGAUAACUUUUUGUAUGUCAAUUCAACUACUCAAUGUGAAGGGGAAAAAGCAAGAAUAAUGACCACCACAUAUUUUCCAGCCAGUCUGGCAGUAUGCAGACUCCGCUUCUGGUUCUGGACAAGCAAUUCCCCCAAAACAGGAAUGUUAAAGGUAUAUGUUGCUGAAGAAUAUGGAAUGGAUAUUUUGAUGUGGGCAGCAACAGGAAAUAAAAGAAAUGCAUGGACAUAUGCAAGCGUGGCCCUUUCCAGCAACAGUCCUUUCAAAGUAGCAUUUGAAGUGGAGUCUGGAGUGAAUGAGCCUAUAGAAUUUGCCCUUGAUGACAUAUCUUUCACACCAGAAUGUGUAUCAGGAGGACCAAUUGUACCACAGCCUCCAACCUGUAGCAGUGGCCAGUUCACCUGCAUAUAUGUGAAACAAUGUGUGCCCCUUUCUUCAAAAUGCAACAUGAUGGAAGAUUGUGCUGAUGGGAGUGAUGAAAUGGCCUGCCCUACAGGACAACCUAACACAGAUCCUCCAAGCCUUUGCAAGGAAACAGAAUUCCAGUGUGCUAACCAGUCAUGUAUCCCAUCACUCUUGAGAUGUGAUGGAGUGACUGACUGUACGUUCAAUGAAGAUGAAGCCAAUUGUCCUAUUAAUGAUUGCUUCAAUGGAUCUUUAUUGUGUCUGUCGACAAAUAGCUGUAUUCCAGUCUCCCAGCGCUGUGAUGGUGUCAUAGAUUGCAUUGAUUUUGCUCCUGAUGAAUCUAGCUGUUCAGAUUGUCCUGACUCCUACUGCAAAAACGGAGGAACAUGCAACAAGGAACAAGUUCCCAUCUGCCAAUGUGGAAAAGAGUGGAAGGGCAACCGUUGCCAUCUGAAAGCUGAGACUCCUUGGAGGCCCUCUCCUGGAUCCCUACAAAAUGAUACUUGGACUGGGCUGAUUAUUGGAUUAGCUUUACUGUUGAUUGAAAUUGCAGUCACUGUUUCAUGCCUCCUUUCAAAGAGGAAAUUGCCAAGAACGAAACCUGAAGAGAUCUUCAAUAUUGCAUUUGCCAACCCACUUUAUGAGGUUCAGGGUAUAAAGUCUACAGAGUGUACUGCCUCACUGGAAGUUCAGAUCAGUGUUUCUCCGUGGCAGGCACAGCAGGAGGUUUCUUGCAGCAAUGAUGUAAUUACUACUUCCUUUGCCAAUCCUCUAUAUGGCACAGCUACCGGAGCAAAAGGGGAGACGCCGUGAAAUGUCAGUAGAGGAGAGCACAAAUUAACGCAGAUAUUUUAUGCAAGUUUAUCCCGUGUGAUGUAUCUCUCUUUCUAAAAACUGAAUUGAAUAAUGGCAUAGCAUUAGUCACUUGAAUUAAAAAUGGGUGAUUUUCAUAUUAAAAUAAUUGCAUUUGCUGGGCUACACUUCUUUCAAAAUAGCAUCCACCCACAUGGGGAAGCAGAGUCUUAUAUGAUAUUUAUGUUGGCAAAAACAGUCUUGGUAACUUUUUGUUUUGAAUUGACUACAUGAUUGAACAGUUCAAA